AGCCAACAACAUGGAGUCUGCUCGUCUGCACCGCUAAGGCUAAGCGCCUGGCCUUUUACUUCCAUUACAGCAAAAAGCCGAACUGGUAAACAUCAGAUCACGGGAGCGGUGCAGCACAACGACCGUGUGCACAUAGUUGGAGGUGAACACGGUAUGGAAAGCGAGGCGUGUAGCAGUCCGUAGAGCCGCCGGACGGACAGGCCAUUUCGAGGAAACCAUGUAGGUAGAGCUCUGCAGAGUACACGGUGCACCACCGGAUCAUGGAGCCUGAAGCAGGUCUUUCUCCAACCAUGGACCCCCAUGAUCCAACAUCCUUUCGGGCUCUCUCGGAAUCCCCUACUCUACUCAGCAACAGCUUGAUGGGGGAAUUGUCCCAUGAUGGUUGUCUGGAGAGCAAUGAUGGAGAUGCUAACCCUCAGAAAAUCAUCUUCUAUGGGAGCAAUCAGAAAAAGCGCCAAUCUUCAGCCUUUCCUUCAUCUCUAACAUGGGACUCUGACUCUGAGAAGGAGACGUUUGAUGAAGAGGAACUUCAGCACUUUUCUAAUCCUCAUGGCCUUGCUGCUCAAAGUCCUGGAAGUCCAAGCUGUGUACAGGAGCAAGAUGGACCUGACUCUGGGGAUUACUAUACACUUGAGAAGCCCAAGAACAUUCUCUUAGACAAUGAUUUGACUUCUCCUCUUGAGGAAGAAGAACAAGCUGGAGAUAAUACAGAGGAAGAGCCAGGAAUGGCACAGUCCGAGACUCAGAAAUUGGAAGAAAUUGAAGAUGGAAGUGUGUUGGACCAAGAUGGGCUUCCUCAUUCGGACACAAAACCAAAGGAGGGAUACCAAAAAAAGAAAAUCAAGGAACAGGGCCUUUUAGGAGUUCAGAGAAAAAAGGCAAUGAAGUCGGGUUCAGAACAGGAUGUAUAUACCUUCCCAGGAGAUUCAGACCCUGAAAGUCCACCUCCAGGUCCUUGGGCACACUGCACAUUUGUUCAACGUAGGAGAAAAAAAAGGGCCUUACUGAGACCUUUCUCUGGACUUAGUCCCUGGCAAAGGACACCUGUGGCAGGCAGGAGGACCAGGGUAACCCCCUCCAGGGUGAAAGAAUUUAAUAAAAUGGUCAGUGAUGUAGGAGGAGUGUUUGAGUUUAAGGACGAUGAGGAAGAGAGGGUCCAGGACAAGGGAGAAGAAUUCCGCCCAGAGAUUUUCACCUGUGUUGAAUGUAGUGUUUAUUUUAAUAAACAAGCACAUCUCCGGGAACAUAUGCGAGAGCAUGGCCAGGUUGAUGGAGAUAAGGGAGAGCAUGGGGAGGAAGGCACAGCAAGAAGACGAUCCAAAAACUUUGAGUGUGUGGAGUGUGGGCAGAAUUUUGCUGAUAGACUUUUGCUGCUAAAACAUCACAAAUUACACGAGGAGUCACGACAGAAGAUCUUGGAGGAUAUGGGAAAGCUGAACAACUUUGAGAAAAUGCCAGAAAUGGAGAAAACCGAUUGUAGAAGUUCAAAGCAGCCAGCAGCCAAAGAGUCUUUCAGCAACUGUGGCCAGUUUGUUGGUCUCAAUUGCAACUACAUAUCUGAUGAGGCUCAAGAGAUUUCAGAUCAUACAAAGACCCAUACCAGUCGGGCCAGGCCCGGCGGCCAUCGUGCCUCACCCCGUUUCCAGCUAAAGUCCUUUAAAAAAGGGACUUCAGAAAAUGUUACCUCAUCCACAGUAGUCAGCGAGAAGUACCCCACCAGAGCCUCUGUGCAGAUGGUCGACAAUAAGCCUGAAGUUGACCAUUCACAACCCAAAGUCUCAGAGCCACAGGGUGAGAGUAAGGUUGACCCCCUGCUAGGGUCCAGCCAGAGUAACACUGUUUCUGCAAGUCCAGCACGACCCACCGAGCUGCCAGAUUUAGCAGGUUCUCAGACUGAAGAUGCUCCGCUUGCAACUACAAGCCUGCAGCAGGAGUCCAGCUCUACUGAGACUGGGCUUGCAGAGGAGAGCGUUCCCAAACCCCACUCUCCCGAGCCUUCAAAUUCCACUGCAAAGACUACCCCGCAGCGCAGGUAUGUUGCCUUCAAAAGCACAGGAAAACGGCGCUCAAAGCGGUUUGCUAGAGGUGCGAUGGGACGAACGCGAACAAGUAGUAAACUGGAUUCCCAACCUGCUGACACUAGCGAUGUAAAGAGUGAGAUGCAGGACACUGAGGAAACAGAAGAGCAGAGCCAAAACGAAGCUAUACAAGAACCAUCACAUGAACCAGAAUCAGAGGGUGAUUUAGCAGUGACCACGGAAACAGGAGUAGUAAUUGCAGGAGUGGAAUCUUUUGCCGUGGAUUCAGAACCCAACUCAUCCCCUCCACCAAAGCUCAGCGAUGAGUCCACAGAGGAGAAAAAUAAAGAGAUCCAACCUGAAAAUGACAAAGAUGAGUGUAGCACUAAUUAUACCACUGAUAUGAAAUAUGAUCAUGAUGAUGACGACGACGAUGAUGAUGAUGGUGAUGAUGAUGAUGGUGAAGAAGAUGAGGAAGAUGAUGAAGAUGUUCUCAACCAUUUACUAAAUGUCUUAAAUGAAGAAGACGAGGAAGAUGAAGAUGGCAUUGCAUUCAAGACUUUGGAGAAGAGAUGCCCAUAUUGCCAGGACUGUUUUGAUAAUGGAAUAGGACUGGCCAAUCAUAUUAGGGGUCACCUUAACAGGGUUGGAGUCAGUUACAAGGUCAGACAUUUCAUAUCGCCAGAAGAGGUUAAUGCUAUAGAAAAGAAGUUCUCCUACCAAAAGAAGAAAAAGAAAGUUGCUAACUUUGACCCAGCGACCUUCAGCGUGAUGCACUGUGAGUUCUGCAGCGCUGGCUUCGACACCAGGGCCGGGCUUUCCAGUCACGCCCGCGCACACCUUCGAGACUUCGGAAUCACCAACUGGGAGGUCACUGCCUCGCCCAUUACCGUCCUCCGGGAGCUGUUCUCCAAACGACCUGACCUUGCUUUAUCCAUUCCCACUGCCUGUAACGCCCAUGCAGAAGAACAGGAGUCAGGUGAGGAUGAGGAGGAGUGUCUGUCAGCAAAGAAUGAGGACAGUGGUACUACAGAACCAGUGCAGCAGGAGCCAGAAUCUCCAGUUCAGCCCUGGAAGGAGGAACAGUGUGAUAGUGAAGCUGAGGCUCCCACAGAUCAUCUCUACCAGAUCACCCAGGAACAUGCUACUGACGACCGCCUUCCUUCCUCACCCCUCUCAUCACCUAACACACCAAGCCCUAGAGUUGCUGCAGAGUUCGAGGACGAACCGCAAGACGUCAAACCCCCUCUCCCCCUCUCUGUUCUGGACAGUGUUAUAAAAGCUCCACGUUCCCCAAGCAGCCUGUCUCCAUCUGGUUCCCAGCCACCCUCUCCAUAUGGAAGGUCUCAGUCUCCCUCUCGGUCCCGGUCUCCAUCCCCAGUGCUGAGGAAGGCGCCGAUCUCCUCACUGUUACCUGUGUCUUCCCUGCUGCGCUCACAUGAGCACAAGAACAUGGCAAGAGGCCACAACACAGCGCUGUCUGCCACUCACUCCAGGCCGCUCUGGGCAACACAAGAGACUGAUGCACCGCUCAACCUCACCAUGGACGCAGACGCUAACGAAGACAUCAUAUGCAAGUUAUGCGGUGCCUGGUUUGAAACGCGUAAAGGCCUCUCGAGCCACGCCCGAGCUCACCUGCGCCACUUUGGCGUGGAAUACUCUGAGUCCAGGGGGUCACCUAUUGACCUGCUAAACACGCUUAUCCUCACUGAUGAUUUUAAGCACAGGGCUACUUCCUUCGUCUCUGAUAGCCCGGAGGACCGGAGGAUCCAUGGAUACAGCGUAGCUUCUCCUUCUCUACCAACAUCCUCACACGUUUCUUCUGCCUCUAAAAAGCCUUUCAGUUCCAGCUCUCUUCUGUUCAAGAACACACAGUAUAGGAGCAGCACUGUUACCAAGAAUACCUCCUCAUCUUCUUCUGCCUCCUUCCACUCCAUGCAUAGUCCACCAGCGAAGAAACUAAAACAAUCCUCUCAGCAGGUCUUCCGCAUGAGUGGCGUGGAUAUGAUGUCCAUUCCUCCAGCUGAACCACUGAAGGAUGUAAGCUGUGAGUUCUGUGGUGAGCUCUUCGAGAACCGCAAAGGCCUUUCUAGCCACGCCCGCUCCCAUCUUCGGCAACUGGGCAUCACUGUGUGGUCUGUGAACGGGUCACCAAUCGACACACUGCGGGAGCUUAUAAUGCGCCGAGGCCUGCCGUGUGCUAUCCCUCCAAAACCCCUGAAAUUGCCCUCCUCCUCACCAAGCCUGGGAUCCUCUCGAACCUCACUCCCGUUCUCUUCCAUGUCAGGUAGCAUUAACCGAAUGCCUUUUAAUCAGCAUCAGUCUGCUGUCCACAAGAUGCCAGUAUCACCGCCGGCCACCAGCACGUCCUCUACAGUGCUGAUGGUCAAGCCAAAGCCGGAACCUGAGCAGGUGGAAAUUACUCUGACUGAAGACGGGAUGGGGGGGUGUGACGGGUACAGCUCAGAGUCUCUGCAUCCCAGCUGGAUGAGCACAGAUAACGUCCGUCCAGUCAGCCUUGUCAUGGCUCCGGAGAGGGAACCGUCCCGGGACAUCCGCUGCAAUUUCUGCGGCGAGUUCUUUGAGAACCGCAAAGGCCUCUCCAGCCAUGCCCGCUCACAUCUGCGCCAGAUGGGCAUCACCGAGUGGUCCGUCAACGGCUCGCCCAUCGAUACACUGUGGGAGAUCAUGCGGAAUCAGGGCAUCAUGCCAGCAUCCAGCGUGUUAGGUGUGAAGGAGGAACCACAGCAGGAUGACGGCUCAUCUUGGAAUGGUCAGGGUUAUCAAUCACAAAAAGUAUCCCCAAAGGCGUCCCUUAACCUGCUUCACUCUGGCUCGCGGCUGCAUAAGCAUGGAUUGGGGCCCAUGGGACCAUCCAACACCUCUUCAUCAGCAAAGCUCUUCGGGAUGGCACAGUUUGGAAAGCGGAUGCUUGGAAACAAAAGACACCUCGAGGAAAACCUUCCAGUCCCUUCCCAGUCCAAAACCUUCUCACCUCCACCACAGGACUUCUCAUAUAAAGGAAAAAUGUCCACAGACAAGUAUGGGGUAGGCCGCAUGGAAGCUAGCUGUGAACUGUGCGGUUUUGUCUUUGAGAACCGGAAGGCACUGGCCAGCCAUGCUCGUGCCCAUUUGCGACAGUUUGGCGUAACCGAGUGGUCUGUGAAUGGUUCGCCCAUCGAGACGCUGAGCGCCUGGAUGCGCAGCAGACCUGAAACGGUUGCCGAGCUACACCGCAGCUAUCUGUCUGGAGGUCACAGUUUCCAAAAGAAGAAACGUUCUGCCGCACAGUGGACAUCUCCAACGCUGACCCAGGCCAAAAGUGUUGAGCGGGAGAAUACGAGCAGCUUGUACGGUGCACCAUUACAAGCAUCGGAAGACAAAAAUGGAAAUGGCACACCAGUUCACCAUGGUAUAACGACACAGGAUACAGAACACUCCUUCAGCAGUGCAAACAGUGCACCUCCCCGAGUACAGGUGGCACGGAGUGAACUUAACGUCCGGGUGCCAAGGGGAAUUGAACGACGACCUUUAAAACACCCAUUGCAUGCUGAUGGAGGAGAGAGAGAAAGCUGCCCCCCCAAACCAUCUCGCACGAGUACUGUUCCUGCCCUUGUGCCAAAGCCCCCGUCCACCCCACUUGUUAAACUCAAUGGUAAAAUCUACUCCCUAAAGUGCAGGUUCUGUGAUGUGGAGUUCCAAGGCCCCCUCUCAGUGCAGGAGGACUGGAUCAGGCACCUGCAGCAGCACAUCCUGAAACUGGAUUAUAAGAAGCCAGCUCCCGCCGCAGCCCCCACUCUAGCCAAACCUGACACAGCUGCUCCUGAAAUUCAAGCCUCAGCUACUACCUCCACCUUAACUAUUACUACUGCAGCUCCUACUCCUGUUUCUGCCAAGAACCCUACACCCAAACUUACACCACACCCAUCGGUUUGUACUUCCGCACUAUCACCCAUUCCAACCCUGACCUCAACAGCUCACCCGGCGGCCGCGGCGGAACAGGAGGUUCUAGCUCCUGCCACAUAAGUCCCUGUUGUCUUAUGCUUUUGCCUUUUCGUCCUUAUUAUUUCUGCACUUCUUUAAAGACGUCAAACGUCAGUAUCUAAAAUGUUAGAACGGUGUGUAAACUGCUCAUGAAAACAGAAAGUGAUGCUUUGUUAACUGUUGUUACUGACCUGUGCUAAAUUAGAAACAAUACAAAGACCUGAUAUUUGGUGUUUUACUCUAUUUACAUUUUGGAAAUAUAUGCUUAUUUCAAAUUUGAGGCCUGCAAUACAUUCCUUAAAGGCUGCGACCACUUUUCCUUUUUUUAAUGACGCUUAUUAAUUCUUUUUUGGGGAUGGAGGACAGCAAUUAAUCCAGUUUUGAAAGUAUAUGUUACUUUGUCGUUGUUUGUUUUGCUCUUUAAAUUGUUUUAAAAUGCACCACAUGUUUUGAGUGCUAGCCACUUCUGGACUGCAGGCAGCCCAGUCUAGCAUCUGCUUUCUCAGAAUAUGCAGGGAUGCUGUUGCAUAAUUUGGAUGUUUAUUGUUGUGUUGAAACAAGCAUAGCUGUUGUCUAAACAUGAAGGCAGUUGUAGCUUAGCGGUUAAGGUCCUGGACAAAUAAUCAUGAGGUUGCCCAUUCAAGCCCUACCAUCACCAAUUGUCAGUGUUGGGCCCCUGAGCAAGGCCCUUAAUUGCUUAAAUUGUAUUCAGUGAUAACUUUGGAUAAAAGCGUCUGCUAAAUGCUGCAAAUGUGAACGGCAGCUUUUUUUGUAUCAAACAGUGUUUAUAUAUUGUGACCUGAGCCGUGGUCACUAAAACACAGAGAGCACUACAUCUAUUAUUUCCAUUAACAAAGAUCUGCUUUGAAAGGUCAACUCGUCAAACCACUAUACAUGAUUCCAAGGUGCACUGGUCCAUUUCAGGUGAACUUAAACCCAGAGAGGUCAGCAGUGUUUCAGUCUCAAUUUGCAACUUAAAAAACAGUUUGUAAGUAAGCAUUACUGAGCUCUUGUGGUGAUAUUUAUCACAGAAGCAUCCGGAUUUUCAAUGCUAUCUAAUGCAUCUAAGGGAUCAAAGGUCACAUGCAUUUCAUAGUGGUUUGGUUUUCAGACAUAGAUUUUUCCAGAAUCCAUAUUUGAAAGUACUUCAAAGCAACAUGUUCAACUGUUGGACUGUUUGUUGACUUAUGUUUUGGCAACAUGCAGAGCUUUGAAACAUCCUUGCUAAUAAAAGUCUUGGCAUUUUAUGGAUACUCAUUUUAUACACAAACAUGUUCUCCCUAGCCUUUGUCUCAGACUUUUUUUGAAAUAUGUUGCAGCCAUUCAUUCCAGAAUGAGUGUAUAUUCACAAAAAAGUAAAGUUCAUAAGGUAAAACAUAAAUAUCUUGUCUUUGUAUUUUUGCGGAUUUACUGGCUCAACUGUUUUGAAAUUCAGUUUUGUAAAACAAGGGUUUCGGAAAAGCUUUGCCAGCUCCUCAUUCUUCCUCAACCUUAACCAUAAAGCAUGCAGCGGUAAAGAAAGAGAAGCUUAAGAUAGGACUGUUGCUAUUCCAUUUUGGGCUUACCUUGCCAAUUCAAGAUAAAGCAAGUGCUGAAGGUAACAGAUCCUCUAUACUUAUUAUAAUGUUGAAAUUGUUUAUCAUUUGUAUGCUAUUUUUGUGUUUGUGUUUUUACAAUUGAUCGAAUCAGACACCUUAUAUACUAAAAGAUCUACAAGUGCCACCACUGACAUGUUUAACUUGCUAAAUGUACUCAGAAAAUCACAUUUAGCUUAAUAACAAACAAACUCACAAGCAGGACUUUUUGUCAGCUGAGAUUUAAUACAGCAUUAUUUAACUGGUAUGCUUCAGCUCCUAGCACGUGAAUCGAGGCUUACUGAGCUAGUUCUAAAAGUUUUUAAAUGACUAUUUUUGCUUUGCGUUUACUGUAGAAAUCCAGACCAGGCCUGCUGAUACCACAUACAUACUGCAGUCCUUUGUGUUUACAUCAUGCAAGUCAGUAAUAGUACAGUUUUUGGAGCCAGGCUCUGUUCUCCUAAUGCUUUUUACGGAUUAGUCUUUAGUCUCUAUUCUAAAUAAAGACUAAACUAAAUUUUAGCACUAAUGCUUUAAGGAAGCUGGUCCUCCCUUAAAGAACAGUGACUCAAAUGGACACUUUAAGAGCAUUCAACAUACCCUGUAGGGCCAGUGGUGCAAGACAUCAGUCUUUCCCAUACGUGUUUACCUGACAUCAACCCUUAUGGCUGUAUAAUUCUUAAAGCUACCUAGAGAAACAGACUAGAGAUAGAGACUAGAGUUAUUCCAAAAAAAAAAAAGCAGCAACAUGAGUUGAUAUUCUGUGGUGUCCUGCGGUUGAACAAAGGAAACUAAACUAACAAAAGUACUUGGUAAUAUUUACUUAAGCAUCAUUAUCUAGUUCUGUAGUUCUGUGCAGCUAGUAAACCAAUGCGCCUUUACAGAUGAAUGCACACAUAUUAAAGUUCCACAUAUCACCCAGUCUUUGUUAACACAGAUCCAACAUUUGUACUCGGACAUUGCUUAGAAAUUACAAAAAUAAAAGCACUGCAGGAUGUUUGUAGGACUUCCGAUACUAAAAAAACGUACAAUCAAAUUUAGAAAAUUCAGAGAUUUAGACCUAAAAUUGGUUUUACUGUCUUAAAUUCAUGGUACGGUGAAAUAAUAAUAAUUCGUAGAUCGUUACAUUUGUCCUAUACAGGGUGUAUUUCCACUGCGACCCUGCUCAGGAUAAUGUGGUACUGAAAGAACAAAUAAUAGACAAAUAAUAAAGAAAUAUUAUUAAACAGCUGACCCUAAUAUAAGCCAUUAUUAGGAAUUAAACACUACUAAUACUCAGCUGAUUUUGUAAUGUUCUGACUACUGUUUGCUUUUCGGAAUCCUAAAGCGAAGUACAUUUUGUUUAUAAUGGGGAAAAGGCAAGGUAUCCACCACACAAGCUGAAGCAUUUCUAUGUGUUAAAUGAUUAGUAAGCUCUAGUUUGCUAUUUGCACAUCAUGUUCUGCACCUUGUUUAACAGACUGUCUCUUCCAUUUCCUUAGAACACAUUUUGUAAAGAAAUCGUUUCAGAUCUGUCGAAUGAAAGUGGGCCAAACUGUUUAUGUUAAAAAAACUGACAUUUUAUUGGGAUGCAGUAAAUCUCUUUAUUUAUUGCCUGCCUCAACCUCAAACUGAAACUCAAACCUCUGUGCUGAUUUUGUUAUUUUUGAAUGUCAUGACGUGUUUUGGAUACACUACAAGAAUUGAAUUAUUCGGCAUGAAAUCAGAGCUGAUUUGACUUUUUCCCAGGUUAAAUAGGAAUGUUUAUGUGUGUCGCACAUGCAUGCAUUCACAAGGUCACCAUGGUCUUUCCUAAAUCUCUUUCCCUGGUUCUUAGAUAGUUUGUUUUUAAAGUUGUUUUUUAAUAGCACGUGUCCAUGCCAAGAACUUCAGUGCACUGCAUCUAUUCAUGUGUGGCUGAAUGUGCCAAAGAGUUGCAGUCGGACAGGCUGCAGCCAUCGAGCGCACGUUCCAGACUGGGUGGAGGAAACAGAUUUUUCCAGGUCUGCUGAAACUGGACAGUCAUGACAGUGACAAGAUCGUUUGUUCUCUGAAUUGUUUUGCUGAACUACAUCGAGUGCGCCGCAAAUGUGUGGUGUAUUUGGUCAAAGAAAGGACUUACUUGGAUAGAUCCUGCGACUUGUAAGGACCGACUGAACUAUGUAGCUUCACGUUGUUUCAGAUGGUAAUCCGUAUCUACACAGUGAAGCAAUAACAGAAUGGUUCUAUGACACAAGCUAUGAAGGUUUGUUUUUACGACUCAUUGCAUUUCUGUGACUGUUAGACUUGCAGCAUUCCUGUGGAGUAUAAAUGUAUAGAUACUACAAAUAUUAACAGUCAUGGGAUGAAUUUCUUAAUCCAUUUAUCUUGAGUUCAUUGCAACUUUUUAAUGCUGUCUAUUUUUAUUGCCAUUUGUCUUAAUGUAGUUACAGUCAGAAUAGGUAAAUAGAAUGUGUUAUUUUUGAUUAUGUUAGUAUUUCUUUUAAACUACAUUGGUGCUCAUGAGGUUAUAAUGGACAUGGAUGGAUUUUCCUGAGGUGUUUAGCAAUUGUCCUUAUAAAAAUGACUUUAAGAAAAGUGGGACUAUGUUGCACACCUGCUAUAUUUUGGUGUCACAUUGCUCCCCUGUAAGAUUUUCCUUAGCUAGUUUGACUGGCUAUGUUGGAUCAGGACAGAGACAAGCGAACAGUACGGACAGUGUACGAGGGAGAAACUCGGACAACGUUAAGCUGCCAUGAAAAAGUUGUAUUGUGCACAAGCAUUAGAAAGAUUCAUGUGAAUAAACAAAUCAUUAAAUGUGAUCUAAAACA